AUGACAAACAGUUCUCUCUUCUGCCCAGUUUACACAGGUCUGGAGCCGUUCACAUAUUUUUUUUAUUUAGUUUUUCUUGUUGGAAUUAUCGGAAGUGGUUUUGCAACCUGGGCUUUCAUACAGAACAACACAAAUCACAGGUGUGUAAGCAUAUACUUAAUUAACUUGCUUACAGCUGAUUUCCUGCUCACUCUGGCAUUACCAGUGAAAAUCGUUGUUGACUUGGGUGUGGCACCCUGGAAGCUGAAGAUAUUUCACUGCCAAGUGACAGCCUGCCUCAUCUACAUUAAUAUGUACUUAUCAAUUAUCUUCUUAGCAUUUGUCAGUAUUGAUCGUUGUCUUCAGUUGACGUACAGCUCUAAGAUUUAUCGGAUACAAGAACCUGGAUUUGCCAAAAUGAUAUCGACCGUGGUGUGGCUAAUGGUCCUUCUUAUAAUGGUGCCCAACAUGAUAAUUCCCAUCAAAGACAUCGAGGAGAAGCCAAAUGUGGGAUGCAUGGAAUUCAAAAAGGAGUUUGGAAGAAACUGGCAUUUGCUGACCAAUUUCAUAUGUGUAGCAAUAUUUUUAAAUUUCUCAGCCAUCAUUUUAAUAUCUAACUGCCUUGUAAUUCGACAACUCUACAGAAACAAAGAUAAUGAAAAUUAUCUAUAUGUGAAAAGGGCCCUCAUCAACAUACUUUUAGUGACUACAGGCUACAUUAUAUGCUUUGUUCCGUAUCACAUUGUCCGAAUCCCAUACACCCUCAGCCAGACAGAAGUAAUAUCUGACUGCCCAACCAGGAUUUCACUCUUCAAAGCCAAAGAGGCCACGCUGCUCCUGGCAGUGUCGAACCUGUGUUUUGAUCCUAUCCUGUACUACCAUCUCUCAAAAGCAUUCCGCCUAAAAGUCACCAAGACUUUUGCUUCACAUAAGGAGACCAAGACUCCAAAAGAAAAAUCAAGUGGUGAGAGCAGUGCAUAAAAUAUGGGAUAUUUCAUGCUAUCACUUCCUGUCUCAGUGACAGUAAGUACUGGGAAAGAGAAAAGAUAGCCUAAGUAAAAGACAGCUACCAUAUGUGGCCUGCUUUACUCAGAAACUGUUUCUAAAUGUAAAUCGAGCAGCACCCUUGUGGUGCUUAAACCACGUUCAUACAAAAACAAAACAAAAAACCUAAAAAGUACUGCUGAACCAACACAACACCUUGCAUUAUCCUUGAAACCUAAAGAAGUUUUAUGACACAGACUCAGAGUCAUUCAUGAAGUAUCCAUUUGAAUAUUGGGAACUGACUUCUUGAUAGAAAUAUGCAAAAUGAUCUCCAUGUAAGAUGCCAGAAAGCCCUUUGGCAACACGAUUU